CUACACGUUUGUUUGUGUUUGUUUGUUUCCCGGUUAUUAAGGUGCGUUUCAUUUUCAUGACUCCGCACAGGGACACUCCCACGAGGCGGUGCGCUGUUUCUCCCCCUCCGCAUCAUCAGCGCGGCUCAUCUGGGCUCAGAUGCGCCUGUGAACUUUAACCAGACUGUUGCCUAUGUCACUGGAAGGGAUCUCACGUCCUAUCGAUGGUUGUCUGCAGGGUCAGAAAUGCGCACAAAAGGAAAUAUGCACUCAUCUGCCUGUGCAUUGUUGGUUUCGUCAUGUACAAAUAUCUCGGCAGGCCAGCAGGAGGGCGGAGGAUAACCAGGAAGGUUGGACUGAGCGCCAACUCGUCCCAGCUGACCCUGGAGGGACAGCCUUUCCACAUCCUCGGGGGAUCCAUCCACUACUUCCGUGUGCCUAGGGCUUACUGGAGGGACCGCUUGUUGAAAAUGAAGGCCUGUGGCAUCAACACUCUCACUACGUACGUGCCGUGGAGUCUGCACCAGCCAGAACGAGAGGUUUUCAACUUCCACACACAGCUGGAUUUAGAAGCCUAUAUAAAUCUUGCUGAUGAAUUGGGGUUGUGGGUGAUUUUACGUCCAGGGCCUUACAUCUCCUCUGAGCUGGACCUCGGAGGACUGCCAAGCUGGCUCCUUCGUGACGACAGCAUGAAACUGAGGACGACUUACCCGGGCUUUACUGAGGCUGUCAAUACUUUUUUUGACAAACUCAUACCCAAAGUGGUUCCUCUGCAGUUCAAGAAAGGAGGUCCCAUCAUUGCAGUGCAGGUCGAAAACGAGUACGGAUCCUUUGCAAAGGAUGAAAGUUACAUGUUCUUUAUUAAAGAGGCUUUACAGUCCAGAGGGAUCAGCGAGCUCUUGUUCACAUCAGACAACCACAACACGUUAAAAUCAGGGGGUGUGCAUGGAGCCAUCAGAUCAGUGAAGCUGCAGAAGCUAAAUCAGAAAGACCUCCAGGAUUUGAAUGCUAUCCAGCCCAGCAGCCCCACCAUGGUGAUGGACUACUGGACUGGGGGGUAUGAUGUGUGGGGUGAACUCCACCAUGUGCUUCCUCCAGAAGACACAGUGUCCACCGUGAGAGAAAUCCUGAGGCGAGGCAUGUCCGUCAACCUCUACAUGUUCCACGGGGGCUCCAGCUUUGGCUUCAUGAGCGGAGCGCUCGAUGAUCCUUCCUACAAAGCGCUGGUCCCCAGUUAUGAUUAUGACGCCCCCUUGUCUGAAGAUGGGGAGUACACUCCAAAGUAUCAUCUCCUCAGAGAUUUAUUCUCUCGAUACAACAGAGGAGAGCGUUUCCCUGACAUGCCAGCCCUGCACUACAGGGAGGCUUAUGAAACAGCCAUCAUGUACCAGCACCUGUCCUUAUGGGACGCUUUGAGCUUCACUGAGGGACCAUUUAAGUCACACAUGCCGGUAAACAUGGAGAAUCUACCUGUGAACAACGGGAACGGCCAGUCGUACGGAUACACGCUGUACGAGACGACAGUCACCAGCGGAGGAAUACUGAAGUCUGGAGACAAUGUGCGAGAUCGUGCCCUAGUUUUUGUAGACAGAAGCUACAUUGGCCUUUUCAAGCGCCAAAACCUGGAGCUGGCGGUUCCUGAUGGUAAGGGACGACGCACUUUGAGUUUAUUGGUGGAAAACUGUGGCCGAGUUCACCAGGGAAGGAACCUUGACAAACAACAUAAAGGUCUUGUGGGAGACAUUUUAUUAAACAAUAUCCCCUUGCGGGAUUUUACAAUAUACAGCCUGGAUAUGAAACCCAGCUUUAUUGAUAGUCUUUAUCAGGCACCUUGGAAAACUAUCACUGAAUCUCGCGGCUUCCCUGGAUUUUACAUGGGGAGGCUGUUUGCAUACGGCUACCCGAGUGACACGUUUAUGAAGCUGCCAGGCUGGGAAAAAGGUGUUGUGUUUAUCAAUGGGAUGAAUCUGGGCCGCUACUGGUCAAUCGGCCCUCAGCAGACUCUCUACAUCCCUGGUCCUUUUCUCAACAGUGGAAUCAACCAGAUCAUUUUGUUUGAGGAGCAGGAGGGCGACUUCAAGGUCCACUUUGAGGAUACACCUGACCUCGGCAUGGCAGCGGACAUCCAGUGACUCAUCACCUGGCUGGCAUUGACGUUUUUUUGUAUAAAAUUGAUUAAAGUGCUUGUUACAUCAGAUCAAACCUUCAGAUUCAGGGAUACCGCUGUUCAUAAAAUCUAAAUAAACACACAGACAGA